AUGGCAAUCUGCAAGGUAGUUGUACAAUUCAACCAGUUCUCAAGCCAGGCUGCUGACAUCUUGCUAGAGCUUCCGGAGCCCCGACGCGGGCGGACGCCGCAAAAAGGGCGGGGCUUGGGGGGGGCUGGUGUGCGCCGCUGCCUCACAAUCGGGUCCGGCGCCUGCGUGACGUCAGCUCUCCACCGCCCGCCUCCCGCGCCUGGAAAGAGGCGGCCGCUCAUUGGCUGCGCCGCUGGAGGCCUCGGGGCCAAUGACAGGGCGACGAGCUGCGGGGUCCAGCCUUGA